ACUCCAUAUAAACACACAAACUUUACACUUCAUUUCUCCAUUAGUUAUUCUACAUCUUUUCUUCAAACUUCAUUUCUUAUUCACCAGCAAAGCUAGUUAGAUCAAACCAAUAAAAAAUGGUAGUGAAAGUAUAUGGAACGGCUAUGGCAUCCGCAUCGAGAAGAGUCCUCAGUUGCUUAAUCGAAAAGAAUGUGGAAUUUGAGAUCAUACCUGUUGAUUUGAUGAAAGGCGAACAUAAGCAACCUGAAUUCCUCAAAUUGCAGCCCUUUGGAGUUGUCCCAGCAAUACAAGAUGGUGACUUCAUUCUCUAUGAAUCAAGGGCGAUCAUACGGUACUACGCGGAGAAGUACAGGGAACAGGGACCAGAUUUGCUUGGAAAGACAGUAGAAGAAAGGGCCGUAGUAGAACAAUGGCUAGAAGUUGAAAGCCAGAAUUAUCAUCCACCCAUAUACAACUUAGUAAAGCAUCUCCUAUUUCAUCCAAAGAUGGGAUUGCCUAUUGAUGAGAAGCUAAUGGAAGAGAGUGAAGAGAAGCUUGGCAAGGUUUUGGACAUAUAUGAAGAGAGGCUUUCAAAGAGCAAGUAUUUGGCUGGAGAUUUUUACAGUCUUGCUGAUCUUACUCAUUUACCUUUCACACAUUACUUGGUGAAUGAUAUUGGUAAGGCAUAUAUGAUCAAGGACAGGAAACAUGUGAGUGCUUGGUGGGAUGAUAUUACUAGCAGAUCAUCUUGGAAACAGGUCCUUGAGAUCUAAGAAACGGAAAAAAACCAUUCAAGUUGUAGCUUGAGGUCUCUCUAGCAGUCUGUUCUCAUUUUAAUAAAGAGGAAUUGAUGUUUUAGUUGUUUCUGCUGUUGUAUCUCAAUUCUCAACAAGUAUCAGGAAUUCAUAAACAUUUCUACUUCCCCACAA